UUAGGCACUCCAAGAUGAUACUUGCUUUAAGUGUCCUAGUUUUCACGCUGGUUCACAGGAGUGUGGUGUGUGAUGAACUGUACCCUAUCUCACAAGUCGAGGACCUCCUCCAGAAUCAGCCCGAGUGGACCUUGGCCGACUACAGUGAGCCUGUAGAGGGAAAACUUUCUGAUGAACCAUUUCUAGCUUCAAACUUGCUUCAGAACGACCCCGAUCAAGAUGACCUGAAGUGGAUGGAGACUGACAUUGUGGCCAAGUAUAAAUUUAAGAAAGAUCCCAAGAAAGAUAUGUGGAUAUUUCAACCCAACUUCGCAGGACAAAUCGGCACACCAGACUUUGCCAAAGAUGCGGAUAGGAUAAAGAAGUUCUUUAAACGAAACAACGAUUGGGCAGCUAUGAAAAAAAAAUUCCGCACUCCUACUAGCUGUCUUCAACUCCUGUACAUCACUGCCGCUAGGUAUCUCUUUGUGACACACGUUCUUUACGUUCUAAGUGGUAAUAAGCUAAAACCUUGCGUGAGAACAGCGGCAAAGAAAAUUGAAAUCCCUGACUCUGUGUGCUUUCCUGAGCCUUACGGAUCAGCUUCUUGCACUUCGGACUACGACGUCGGGCUUGUUGGAAAAGACGCUGGUACGCUUACAGAGAAAUUCAACAACUUUUUCCAAGACAGAAAUGAAUUCGGGAAACCCUCGGAGAUCGUUUUUGACACAAAUGUCUACGCUUUCACCCUGGAGUACGCCAUGCCACUUCUGUUUGUUAAACUACCGCCUACAUUUGCCAAAGGUGUAGAGAACAACGAAAAAACAUUAAACAGCAAAAUGCAAGAAUUAGCCAGCGCUUAUUACAAGGUCUACAAGUACAACACAAAGUUCUUCGAAACGAUGGUAAAUGGAGCGAAGUUAUCAAUGAAGGGAGCACCCAAAUCAAAAGUCUUCUUAGAAAAGUGGCUGGAAACCUUUAAGAGCUUGGAUGCUAAAAUUCCGAUGAGACCUGGGGGAGGAGUGACAGAGAGUGGCCUGAGACUGGCCCAUAACAAUCAGUAUCAAGCCCUGGUGAAAGAAAUGACUUCAAAAGGAGGAUACAAACCGGCAUUGUUAGAUGUUCUUGCAAAGGCCCUGAUUUACGCAGCUGAAGCUUAUCACACGCGAGGCGCCAUACGACAUGUAGUGGGUGGCACACAAAUGAAAGUGAUUGACAUAUCGACGUCACUUUCGCUUAUGGACCUGUGGGUAUCCAUGAUCGAAAACUGGGGAGAGUCAAACAAGGAGUUUGGCCAUUGCCAGAUGGAACCUCUGGAGGUAUGCUUCCUUAAGAUGAGUAAGUACAUGUGGAGAAUGUUUAACGCAAUGAACUUAAUCCGUAAUAAAAUAAAACCCGAAAACAGGCUUGGUUUGGUGCACUUUGGAGAGGGCAUGAGCGAUCCUGAGUAUGCGAUGAGAAUGUGGCUCGACUACAAAAGGCAAGGAAAGACCGCCAUUCCAAAGCAACAAGACAAAGUUAUACAGUUUUUGAGACAAUUCAAAUGCGAUAAAGCCCAAAUCGGUCAGCCGAUAUCGUCGACUUGCAUCGCGAAGAUGAAUGAUAAAGUCAACGCCUACAACGAGAGAUUGGCUGCGCAGUGGACCGAUGCACCUGUGCCACCGCCCUGGCGCUACUAAGAUUUUACAUCGUGAUAUUUAUUGCUUUUCGAUGGAGCAAGAUGUAGUACAAAAAUUAAAUUAAAGUGACUACCUCAAACAAAAGUAACAAUGGUACAUAUCAAUAGGAGCCAGUGGGUGCUCAAGAAAAAUUUGUCUGGCCAGCUCCAUCAGUGCUUCAAGUUUAGCACCUGAUUUAUUGAAACAAAAGACAUUUCACCUCAAACAAGGGAAUCACUUGACCCUUUAAUACUUCAAACCCAUAUCAAAUUUGUAAUUCUCCUUACUGUCAACCAUACAAUUUAUAUAAUGUUAGUUCAGAGAAUUAAGUAUUGG